AUGGUUUGUGACGAUGCGACCCAGCCUCGGUGGAGAGAGCGCCAUCCCCAGUCCGACGACGUCCUGGAAGCCCGCGACGGAAGAGCUAUGAGCAUAGGAAAGCAACGACCACGGUCCGUGGCCAUGCAUGACGAACCUGACCUGGCUAUGGAGGGAUCGGCGGCGGGUGGUCGUGAGGCGCCUUCAGCACCGCAUGCGGAGGCCAAUUUGGACUCUGAAAGCGGACCUGCGCACGUAUAUGCCCCUGUGUGUGACAUGCCCGAGCUCGACAACGGAGACUCUACCGAUGAUCAUCUGGAUCCUCCGCCGAUGCGGGAUGCCGAGAUGCGGCGGUUUGGACUUAGUGACGACGUGUCGUCACUGCACGCGCCCAGCCAGAUGCUGUCCCUGUCGAGCCAUCGUCGCGCGCCGAAACCAUUCGACGAUGGAGCUACAUUCAACUCCAAUCGCUCCCUUGCCCCGCAAGAUACGGAAAAUGUAUGGGAAAACGACCGACGUUAUUGCGGCCAUACCUACUACAUGCCGAACGACAAGGUUGAGCAAGAUCGCCUUUUACUCGUGCAUGAGGUCUAUAAGAGCGCCUUUGGAGAUGAGCCGACCACUAUCCCGCUGGAGAACCCGUCAGCGAUAUUAGACGUGGGUGCGGCCACUGGAGAAUGGGCCAUUGACCUGGCAGAUCGCUUCCCGGACUGCGAGGUGACUGGCUUUGACAUAUCAGACAUCUUUCCGAGGUUCGUUGCCCCGAACCUAUUCUGGGAAGUGGACAACGCCGAAUUGGAAUGGCUUCGGCCGUCUGACACCUACGAUUUGGUCCACUUUCGAGACAUGGCAGGGGCUUUUGCCGACUGGCCGUUCGUAUACCAGCAAGCUUUCAAAGUAUGCAAACCUGGAGGCUGGAUUGAGCUCUCGGACAAAGAGGACCUUUCCAACGUUGGCCAAUUUCCAUCAUUCUUUGGGCCUGACUCUGUGAUACACAAGACUGCGCGCGACUGGAAGGCCGCCUCUGUCGAGGCCGGGAGGCCGGUGGGGAUUCACCACCUGGAUCCGCAACUGCUGCGCGAUGCUGGAUUUGUGGAUGUGAACUUGUCUGAAAGGGUUGUGCCUAUAAGCCCAAGGGAUCUGGAAACCGGCCACUUGUUCUUAAAGGCGCUGCUUACAGCCAUCGAGUCAUCUGCGUUGAGGUUGUUGACGAAAUACAAAGGAUACACAGCGGAUGAGGUGCGCAAUAUCGGGGUGCUACUACAAGAAGAGAUGAAAGGAAUCGCGCUGGACCGUGAAAGGUCGAAGGGCUUCGUGGUCAAGUUCAUAGUCCUCACGGGAAGAAAACCGGACGGCGCAUCGUUUUGGGAAACUGACCCUUCAGCGGGACACAGUACCGCCAUGGAUAUUGAGACCAACGAAGCCAAUGGGGGAGCGACUUGCCAAGUCGGCACAGAGGCUACUCCUGGUGAUAUGGCCUCCACUCCAGACCCGCCCGCAGGUAUUCCAUCGGGCGACGGUAGCAGCACAUUGCAUGCCGAGGCAGCAUCUUCUGUAGACCAGAAUGAUGUCGUGGCUCCCGAUGACGAGCCAACGAAACCGAUGGAGCUUCUGGGAACUGACGGCGCAACCGAGAGCCAGGCUUCAGAGCCUAGGCCAGAGCUGCCCCAGACGAGCACCCACGCACGACCCAAGAGUGUAGCCAUUAUAUCAGAGCCGGCGAGCAUCAUGAGAAGAUCCUCUACAUGA